CGCUUUAAAAUUCCUGUACUUGCGUGUACUGCCUGCAGGAGGGAAUUUAUUAGUUCGGCCCCUGCUAAAACGCGAAUGCCGUCAGUAGGAAAAGUGAAUUCGCGCGUCGCCGGUGUCGGGUUCGAAUCGUGCACGUAAUUCGAAGUUUUUACGCUCUUUUGAGUCUUUUUUCAGUUCGGUUUGUGCACUUUUAUUUCCCGACUAAAGUGAAUCCCUUGUACUAAUUAAAUGGAGGCUGUAUAUGGGCUGUAGUAAGGUUGACAUCAUCAUGGAGGAAGAAUUCUCCUUGUUGCAGAACAUGUCGGAUUACACCCUGCUGGACCACAACUCCACCCUGUUUCCUUAUGACAGAAACUCCACUCUGGAAGAACGUAACCAAUUCAUACUUCCAAUAUGGAGGCAGGUGUUGUGGAGUAUCCUGUAUGCCGGGAUGGUAAUAGUGGCCACCGGCGGUAACUUGAUCGUGAUCUGGAUCGUGCUUGCGCACAAACGAAUGCGAACUGUGACUAAUUACUUUUUACUAAACCUCUCGGUAGCGGACACCAUGGUCUCCACCCUGAACGUCACCUUCAACUACGUCUACAUGCUCUACUCCCAUUGGCCCUUCGGCGAACUCUACUGCAAAAUCAGCCAAUUUAUCGCGGUCUUAUCUGUCUGUGCCAGCGUGUUCUCGUUAAUGUCCAUAUCCAUAGACCGAUACAUGGCGAUUAUGACGCCACUAAAGCCGCGCAUGAGUAGAGCGAUGACUCUGAUACUCGCCCUAUUUACGUGGGUUAUGGGGAUCGUUAUAGGGAUGCCCUCGUUGCUCUAUUACAAGACUUACAGGGAUAGAUACGCGAGUGGGGACGAGAGGGUGAUAUGUUAUCCGGAGUGGCCGGACGGGACUACUAGUGAUAGUCUUUAUGAGUAUUACUUCAAUGUAGCCUUCCUGGUGGUAACCUACCUCAUCCCGAUUAUUUCCAUGAGUUACACCUACGCCAGGAUAGGGAUAGAGCUAUGGGGCUCCCAAAGCAUCGGGGAAUGCACCCAGAGGCAGAUGGAGAACAUUAAAAGCAAACGAAGGGUAGUAAAAAUGAUGAUGGUCGUGGUGAUCAUUUUCGCAGUAUGCUGGCUCCCAUAUCAGCUCUACUUCAUCCUGGUCUCCUAUUUUCCAUCAAUAACCACAUCGGAAUACAUCCAGGAGACCUUUUUGGCCAUAUACUGGUUGGCCAUGAGCAACUCUAUGUACAAUCCCAUUAUAUAUUGCUGGAUGAACGCCCGAUUUCGAAGGGGAUUCAAGCAGUUUUUCUCGUGCUUACCGUUCGUGCACGUGAGUCCGGUACCUUUGACCAGACGUGAGGUGCUUACCAGCAAGAGGAAGUCCUACUCGGGUUCACCGGAUCGCAACAGGAUAGUCCGUAAUGGUACCCUACGUGUCUCCUACAACCCCUACAGCUCGAUGAUCGCCGGUGGAAAACCGACCCCGUCAUCCUCCACCAACACCUGCUACAGUCAAGUGCCGGAGGAGAUGCUCAUGCGCCACUGCGAGUUACGUCAAUUGUCCUCCUGACAUAAGGCGAGUGCCCCCGGUAACGGCGCGAGCGGACUCGCGUGCGAGCAAACCAAGUUGACGCAACGCAGGACCUGGAUUUAGGGUUCGGGAACCUCACGGGAACCCCGGCUGAGUGUGAAGCCCCGUGAGGAGGACAUUAUCGAGGAGGAGAGUAAGGUUUAGGCUGAAGUGGAGUUUGUAUACACCCAUAGAAUAAUAUUGAGGGGGUAUACACCCAAAACUGUUAUUGGAACUCGUUUUGUUGAAUGUUCUCUCGCUGUUUCAAUGCUUGAUCUGAAGCGACGUUUCUGCCCUAGAAUUCGUCUUCAAGGAUUGGUGUUCCUACUGACUGACGUGUGGAAAAAUUAUGAAAAUAUCGCGAGUGGUUCUCGAGUUAUGUACGAAUAAAAGAUUUGUUGUGUGGUUGGACUUUGGGUGAUUGAGUGCUCUAGAAUAGGAGUAGGUUUGUUACAAAAAGGGUUUUAUUAUGAAAUUGUUCUGUAAAAUGUAAGAUGUAGUAUUUUCUGAAAAAAUUAUUAAAAUGCAUGCAAUGGAAAUCAAGAUAUUGACGUUUUUCUUAUUGGGGUACCUGCAAGGGAGGUAAAAUCAUUUGUCUCUUAUUGGCGAGUAAAUAUCUUGAGUUCUCGUGGCUAGAAUUUUCUGAUUAUUGAUUUUUUGGAUAUAUUAAGGCUUUUCAAGUAUUUUCUGAAAAAAUCAAUAAAAUCCAAUAAUUAGAAAUCAAGAUAUUGAUAUUUUUCUUACUGGAGUGUCUAAAAGAGAUAAAAUAGUUUGUCUCCCAUUAGCAAGUGAAUAUCUUGAGUUCUCUUGGCUAGAAUUUCGUGAUUAUUGAUUUUUUAGAUAUACUAAGGCGUUUCGAGUAUUUUCUAAAAAAAUCAAUAAAAUUCAAUAAUUAGAAAUCAAGAUAUUAAUAUUUUUCUUUCUGGAGUGCCUGGAAAAGAUAAAAUAAUUUGUCUCUUAUUGGCAAGUGAAUAUCUUGAGUUCUAGUAGUUAGAAUUUUAUAAUUAUUGAUUUUUAAGAUACCUCAGAGUUUUUUGAGUGUUUUCUGAAAAAAUCAAUAAAAUCCGUCUACUAGAAGUCAAGCUAUUAAAAUUCUUAGUCCAGGAGUGCCUGGAAGAAAUAAAAUAAUUUGUCUCUUAUUGGCGAGUGAAUAUCUUGAGUUUUCGUGGCUAGAAUUUUCUGAUUAUUGAUUUUUUGGAUAUAUUGAGGCUUUUCAAGUAUUUUCUGAAAAAAUCAAUAAAAUCCAAUAAUUAGAAAUCAAGAUAUUGAUAUUUUUCUUUCUGGAGUGUCUAAAAGAGAUAAAAUAGUUUGUCUCCCAUUAGCAAGUGAAUAUCUUGAGUUCUCUUGGCUAGAAUUUCGUGAUUAUUGAUUUUUUAGAUAUACUAAGGCGUUUCAAGUAUUUUCUAAAAAAAUCAAUAAAAUUCAAUGAUUAGAAAUCAAGAUAUUAAUAUUUUUCUUUCUGGAGUGCCUGGAAAAGAUAAAAUAAUUUGUCUCUUAUUGGCAAGUGAAUAUCUUGAGUUUUCGUGGCUAGAAUUCUGUAAUUAUUGAUUUUUUGGAUAUACUGAGGCUUUUCAAGUACUUUCUGAAAAAAUCAAUAAAAACCAAUAAUUAUAAAUCAAGAUAUUAAUAUUUUUCUUUCUCGAGUGUCUGGAAGAGGUAAAAAAAUUGUCUCUUAUUAGCGAAUGAAUAUCUUGAGUUGUCGUGGCUAGAAUUUUGUGAUUGUUGAUUUUUUUGAUAUAUUGAGGCUUUCUUAGUGUUUUUUGAAAUAAUCAAUUAAAUCCAUUAACUAAAAAUCAAGAUAUUGACGUUUUUCUUAUUGGUGUACCUGCAAGAGGUAAAAUAAUUUGUCUCUUAAUGGCAAGUGAAUAUCUUGAGUUCUCGUAGCUAGAAUUUCGUGAUUAUUGAUUUUUUUGAUAUAUUGAGGCUCUCCAAGUCAAUUCUAAAAAAAUCAAUUAAAUCCAUGGACUAGAAAUCAAGAUAUUAAUAUUUAUCGAAGUGGAGUGACUGUAAGAAAUAAAAUAAUUUUUCUCUUGUUGGCAAGUGAAUAUCUUGAGUUUUUGUGAUUAGAAUUUUGUAAUUAUUGAUUUUUUGGACAUAACGAGGCUUUUCAAGUACUUUCUGAAAAAAUCAAUAAAAGCCAAUAAUUAUAAAUCAAGAUAUUAAUAUUUUUCUUUCUGGAGUGCCUGGAAGAGAUACAAUAAUUUGUCUUUUAUUGGCAAGUAAAUAUCUUGAGUUCUAGCCGAUAGAAUUUUGUAAUUAUUAAUACUAGAGAUAUAUUAAGGCUCUUCAAGUAUUUUCUUAAAAAAUCAAUUAAAUCCAUGGACUAAAAAUCAAGAUAUUGAUAUUUUUCUCACUGGUGUACCUGCAAGAAAGAUAAAAUAAUUUGACUCUUAUUGGCGAGUGAAUAUCUUCAGUUUCCGUGGCUAGAAUUUCGUAAUUAUUGAUUUUUUAGAUAUAUUGAGGCUUUCCAAGUCAACUCUAAAAAAAUCAAUUAAAUCCAUGAACUAAAAAUCAAGAUAUUGAUAUUUUUCUCACUAGAGUACCUGGAAGAGAUACAAUAAUUUGUCUUUUAUUGGCAAGUAAAUAUCUUAAGUUCUAGCCAAUAGAAUUUUGUAAUUAUUAAUACUAGAGAUAUAUUAAGGCUCUUCAAGUAUUUUCUAAAAAAUCAAUUAAAUCCAUGGACUAAAAAUCAAUAUAUUGAUAUUUUUCUCACUGGAGUGCCUGGAAAAGAUAGAAAAAUUUGUCUCUUAUUGGCAUAUGAAUAUCUUGAGUUUUCGUGGCUAGAAUUUUAAAAUUAUUGAUUUUUUGAAUAUAUUGAGGCUUUCUAAGUAUUUUCUAAAAAAAUCAAUAAAAUCUAAUAGUUAUAAAUCAAGAUAUUGAUAUUUUUCUCACUGGAGUACCUCGAAGAGGUAAAAUAAUUUGUCUCUUAUUGGCAAGUGAAUAUCUUGAGUUGUCGUGGCUAGAAUUUCGCGAUUAUUGAUUUUUAGAUAUAUUGAGGCGUUUUAAGUAUUUUCUGGAAAAAUCAAUAAAAUCCAAUAAUUAGAAAUCAAGAUAUUCACAUUUUUCUCACUAGAAUGCCUGGACAAGGCAGUUCUAAUGGUUAGAAUUUUGUAAAUAUUGAUUUCUAAGGUACCUUAGGGUUUCUCAAGUACUUUAUGAGGAAAUCAAUUAAAUCCAUUGACUAGAAAUCAAGAUAUUGACAUUUAUCAAAGUGGAGUGACUGCAAGGAAUAAAAUAAUUUUUCUCUUGUUGGCAAGUGAAUAUCUUGAGUUUAUUUAAUUUAAUUAUUGAUUUUUUGAAUAUAUUGAGGCUUUUUUAGUAUUCUUGAAAAAAAUAAAUAAAAUUCAUACACCAAAAAUUAAAAUAUUUAUAUUUCUCUCAUUAGAGUACCUGGAAGAGGUAAAAUAAUUUGUUUCUUAUUAGCCUGUAAAUAUCUUGAUUUUUAGUAAUUAAAAUUUUGUAAUUAUUGAUUUUCAAAGUACCUGAGGGCCUUUCAAGUAUUUCGUGAAAAAAUCAAUUAAAUCCAUCAACUAGAAAUCAAGAUAUUCAUAUUUUCCUCACUAGAGUGCCUGUAAGAAACAGAAUAAUUUGUCUCCUAUUGGCAAGUAAAUAUCUUGAGUUCUAGUAGUUGAAAUUUUGUAAUUAUUGAUUUUUUGGAAAUAUUAAGGGGUUUUAAUUAUUUUUUAGAAAAAUCAAUGAAAUCUAUUAACUAGAACUCAAGAAAUUCACAUUUUUCUUAUUAGAAUUCCUGGAAGAGGUAAAAUAAUUUGUCUCUUAUUGGCAUUUAAAUAUCUUGAGUUCUAGUAAUUAGAAUUUUAUAAUUAUUGAUUUCUAAGGUACCUUAGGGCUGUUCAAGUAUUUCGUGAAAAAAUCAAUUAAAUCCAUUUACUAGAAAUCAAGAUAUUCACAUUUUUCUCAUUAGAGUGCCUGGAAGAGCUAAAAUAAUUUGUCUCCUAUUGGCAAUUAAAUAUCUUGAGUUCUAGUAAUUAGAAUUUUAUAAUUAUUGAUUUCUAAGGUACCUUAGGGCUGUUCAAGUAUUUCGUGAAAAAAUCAAUUAAAUCCAUCUACUAGAAAUCAAGAUAUUGAAAUUCUUAGUCCAGGAGUGCCUGGAAGAAAUAAAAUAAUCUGUCUCUUAUUGGCAAUUAAAUAUCUUGAGUUCUAGUAAUUAGAAUUUCAUAAUUAUUGAUUUCGAAGGUAUCUUAGGGCUGUUCAAGUAUUUCGUGAAAAAAUCAAUUAAAUCCAUUUACUAGAAAUCAAGAUAUUGAAAUUCUUAGUCCAGGAGUGCCUGGAAAAAACAAAAUAAUUUGUCUCUUAUUAACAAGUCAAUAUCUCGAGUAUUACUCGAACUAUUGAGUUCUAGGAUAUUCCAAAGUCUACUUUCUUCCUUAUUUCAAUAAAUUACCCAACAAACUACUAGUCACUAGUGACCAAUCAUAAAUAAACUUUUACCUAAACAUAACCUUGUAAUUAUGUACAUAAUAGAGUCACAAGUAAGUGUGCGCACUCGAGAACAGAGUUUACCAUACCUGUAUAGUAGUGACGUCACAAAGUACAAUUAGGGUUUAGGGCAAUUGAUGUUUUCCGAUCAAAUUUUUAUUUUUUAGGUUAUAAAGCAGGGAAAACGUAAACGCUUUAAUAGUGUAACUCGUACAUGUGUAAAUUCCUGUUUAUUAGGGCAAGUAGAGUUUACCAAUAAUUUAGUACAAUUUUUAUAUGCAAAUAGUACAACAAGAAUUUGUACUAAUUCAUUUUUGGACGCAAGUAAACUGAUCCAUAUCAAUGCGGUUGAUUCCUAUGAUGACCAUUUAAUCAUGACCAAUCAUGUGAUGUUAAUAUAUAACCUAAGAAUUCUUAUGUAUAUUGUAUAUAUUAAUUAAUUAAUUAAAUUGCACAGCGUUACUUAACCUAAUGGGGGGAGGGGGAGGAGUCACUUAUGAAAAUUUAUUUUUUUAGUCGGUUUACAGUACAUAAAACGCCUGUUUUGCUUAUGUAUUAUUAUUUAGUGUAAUUAUGUAAUUAUCAAAGGAAUAUAUGUGAAAUAAACGUGAA